AUGUCUCCUGUUCUUGUUUCCGCCGAUUCGACGUCUGCCAAUAGGGGCACAAAGCGCAAGGCUAACGGAGACUCCAAACCAUCCACGAUGAAACACAACGUCAGGUCCGAUCCUUCAGAAACCAAUGCACACACCAACGAGACUGAAAGACCUCGGACGCUAAAACGACAAAGAUUAGAAACAAACCCAGUCCGCCCAAAUGCCCCAAAAGAAGACCAGGCCAGCCCCGUUUCUACCUCCGAUGGACGUCAUUCUCAAAAACACGAUGCCAGCAUGGGUGUGGCUGCCCCGCGAACUCCCCCCUGCCACCCGCGUCUCCCAGCCAUAAAUCCACGAGCCUGGUGGAGCAGGAAUGCACAACGAUACACCAAUCUCGACCACCAGGACAAAUUCAGGCUUGGGUGUCUCUUAUACUACCCCAUCUGCAAAAUGGAAGACCUCGACGACGACCUACUCCGCAUCCAGUACUUCGGAGACCCUAAGACAUACCUUAUCCCACGGUGGGCGCUGUCCUGUAUGACGACGCAGAAUCUGGAUGGGAGGAUCACGCAGCGCCUCUUUGCUCAGAAGGUCUGGGAGGAAGAGAAAGAAGGGACGCUGGAGAGCGUGGUGAAGAGGGUAAUGGAGGUGAAGCAAAGGGAUCAUCAGUCACUAGCAUUGAGUAUAGUCGCAGGAGUAAUUGGACUUACGGGAUUCGUCCUAGCGGGUUGGCCUGGGGGAUUGUAUCAAAAUCCCUCCCAAAGCGGCCCUUCUAAAGCCCUCACGGUCCCAAUCACUCCCCAUAUCGACCAUCGAAUUGUGUCACCACCACCCACAACCCGUCACCCACUACCAUCCCCAUGCCGUCGCGAACCACCACCCCUCCCCCCUCACCACCAUGCCACCCCCCGCCUCCCAAUCCGCCACCCCGAAGCCAUCUCAGUAAACAUAGCACGCCGCUGCAAGGCCCUAAAAAGGAACGGCUUUUUCAGACCAAGCUGUCUGCUCCUGCACCCGAUUCGUAGAGUCGAGGAGCUGGGCCCGAAAGCCAAUGUCAUCCGUAUCCAGUACUACAGAGAUCCCCACCACUACCGGAUGCCAAGGGAAGGGUUGGUGUGUAUGACGGUGCAGGACCUUGACGGGAAGUUGAGGCAGCGGUUUUUUGUGCAGAAGGUGCUGCGCCCGGCGUCGUGGGAGAGCGAUGGUCAGGAAGAUGCAGAGGAAGAGGGAGGGGAUGAAGUGGAAGAGAAAAGGGAGGUUAGAGAGAAGGAGAAGGAGAAGAAGGAGAAGAAGGAGAAGAAGGAGAAGAAGGAGAAGAAGGAGAAAAGGGUUCUAGGACAUGGGCUAGAGACGGCGAAGUGGGUAGCAGAGGGGGUAAUGCGGCAGACGGAGAACGACGCGUUGAGGGUUGUGGCUGCAGUGGUGGCGUUUGCGGUGUUUGCAGUGGUUGGAUGGCCUGGGGCCGGGGCACAAGGGGUAUAAGGGGUUGAGUAGAGUCGGGGAGUGAGAGUCUUCGGUUAGAUAGACGGGCUAAUCUUGUAGAGUUUUGAUUGCGGGCUGAGUGGCGGACUCCCAAGCGCCGUAUAU